GAGAGAGUAGGACGCGAGAACCUGCACCCGCAGAUCUCUACCUAAGAAUUCAACAGUGGAGACAGAGAUCAAAGGAAGGCCCCUUCUCUUCCACCACGCUUCCACCUCCGGCUCGGGGGUGAGGCCCAGGGUGCACCCCCACGCCACCAGGCUGGGGAAGGCGUGCAAUUGCGGAAGCCGACGGUUCCGCGUUGCCUUUUAAACGCUCUCCAUCCCCCGCCGGGAGGUGUUCACGGCCCCUUUAAGGCGCGGGGCAUUGUGGGUGCGGGGAGUGGAAUUUUGGAACGAAAUGUAGCGAAGAGAGUACAGUAGUAAGAGUAACCGCGUAGGUGCCGCCGGCCGAGGGGGUGCGCCGGAGCGGUCCGGACUCUACACCCCGCUUUCCACCACAAGGGACCUCAGUCCAUCAGAGCGGCGGAGGGAGGAGGCGCGCGAGGACCCGCCCCGGCCCGGUCCACGUUCUCCCCAGGAAGCUUGGACUCUAUGGGGCGGGACCCCGAGGGAGACUGAGCAGAACCUGGAGCCAGCCCCGCACCCUUGCACUUCCAAUCAGGGGCGCCCCGGGAGCACUCCCCGUGGGCGCGCCGCCCGCCCGCCCUCCGCGCAGCCAUGAGCGAAACGGUCAUCUGUUCCAGCCGGGCUACCGUGAUGGUGUAUGACGACAGCAAUAAGCGAUGGCUGCCUGCUGGCACCGGUCCCCAGGCCUUCAGCCGAGUCCAGAUCUACCACAACCCCACUGCCAACUCCUUCCGAGUCGUUGGCCGCAAGAUGCAGCCGGACCAGCAGGUGGUUAUCAACUGUGCCAUCGUCCGGGGUGUCAAGUACAAUCAGGCCACUCCCAUCUUCCAUCAGUGGCGGGAUGCCCGUCAGGUCUGGGGCCUCAACUUCGGCAGCAAGGAGGACGCAGCCCAGUUUGCAGCCGGCAUGGCCAGUGCCCUAGAGGCCUUGGAAGGAGGUGGGCCUCCCCUGGCCCCAGCACCCCCUGCCUGGUCUGCACAGAAUGGCCCCUCCCCAGAGGACCAGGAACAACAGAAAAGGCAGCCUGAGCACAUGGAGCGCCGGGUCUCUAACGCAGGAGGUCCACCUGCUCCCCCAGCGGGGGGUCCACCUCCCCCUCCAGGACCUCCCCCUCCUCCGGGUCCCCCUCCACCCCCGGGUCUUCCCCCAUCAGGGGUAUCUGCUGCAGCUCAUGGAGCAGGGGGAGCCCCGCCCCCUGCUCCCCCACUCCCUACAGCACAGGGCCCCAGUGGUGGGGGUUCCGGGGCCCCAGGCCUGGCUGCUGCUAUUGCUGGAGCCAGACUCAGGAAAGUGAGCAAGGAGGAGGCCUCUGGGGGGCCCUUGGCCCCCAAAGCUGAGAGUAGUCGAAGCACUGGCGGGGGGCUUAUGGAAGAGAUGAACGCCAUGCUGGCCCGGAGAAGGAAAGCCACACAGGUUGGGGAGAAGCCCCCCAAAGACGACUCAGCCAGCCAGGAGGAACCAGAGGCCCGAGUCCCCGCCCAGAGUGAAUCUGUGCGGAGACCCUGGGAGAAGAACAGCACAACCUUGCCAAGGAUGAAGUCAUCAUCUUCUGUGACUACCUCCGAGGCCCACCCCUCUACCCCCAGCUCCAGUGAUGACUCUGACUUGGAGAGGGUGAAGCAGGAGCUUCUGGAAGAGGUGCGGAAGGAGCUGCAGAAGAUGAAAGAGGAAAUAAUCGAAGCCUUUGUCCAGGAGCUGAGGAAGCGGGGUUCGCCUUGACCACGGGGACCCAGAAGACCCAUUUCUCCUUCUGCGCUUCCCCCCUGGCGCCUGCUUCCCCUGCCUCAACUUGACCUACACCAGAAGGCGUUCUCCCUCACUGCCUCCCACUGGGAAGACCCCAGAGGGUGUGGCUCCCUGGUGCCAUGGCCACACCCAUGCUGGCUGCUGAUUGGCUAAGGAGGUCCCGCCCCUUUGUCCCCUCUGCCAUCCCCUUGGGGCUGGUUCCUCUGCUGGGGAUGUACCGGUAACCCCACAGUGAGGAAGGAAGGAGGGAUCUCACCUUCCCUUGUUCUGGAUUCACUUUAACGCUUUAAUGCCUUGGAUUUUUUUUUUUAAAGAAAAAAAAAUAUAUAUAUAUAUUUGGGUUUAUGGGGGGAAGGGAAAUUUUUUUUCUCUUUGGUUUUGAUAAAAUGGGGUGUGGGAGUUUUUAAAUGCUAUAACCCCAGGCUUAUCCCAUGGGAGGCAGCUAUGAAAGAGGGGAGGUAUCCCAGCAGGUGGGAGGGAUUUCCCUCACCCGAGGAACACCUCCCCCUUCGCCUUGGCUCCUCCCUCUUUUCUAUGAGGAAUUCAGAUUCUUUAACGUUUUUGGAACCUCAGUUUUGUGGUUUUUUUAUUUGGGUUAGGAUUUCAGGGUCCAGACCAUUUUUGCCCUCUGGGAAGAUGAAGUCAGGGGAAGGAGAAGAGGAAAAAUAGGUCCUCCGACUUCCACACCUUAGCUUCGUGGACACGGGCCCUCGCUGAAUAAAUCUGCGGUUUUUAUAAAUGUGAA